UCCGACUGUUUGAGUCAGUUCCCUGUGUGUGGUUGUGCAGUGAGGGUGGGGACGCUCCUUGGUGAUUUUUAAUUCAGUUAUCUUUUUUUUCAUAAACGUUCGAUUGAAAAUAAUAAUGCCUUGUUCGGCCAUAACGCUUUCCUUAGCGACGAUAUGUGCCGUAGUGUCGGUGGCGCUGCUCGCCAUCGCCUUCGGCACAGAUAACUGGCAGUACAUCAACGUGGACCGCAUUGAUAUUGAGAAAUCACUCUCGCUGUCGGACAUCACCCCACAGGAGUUUGAGGACAGUGGCUUCUACAGGACACGCACCAAGGGGCUCUUCCGCAUCUGCUACCCGGAGACAAAACCCAAGGGAGUGGAUUUGUAUCUGUCACCGGUGGAAACUUACUGUGAGAACAUCGACUACCAUAUCUUCAAUGAGGACAGUGACACUUCCCAGUUUACCGAGGACGAGAUGGUCAGACUCCACAUGGCCAGGUCGAUGAUCGCGCUCUUCAUCGUUUCCUUUUUCUUCGUGUUCGUGGCCUUCUGGACUGGCGUGGCCGGGUGCUGGCGACGAUCUCCUGGUAACAUCGCCUCUACAGCUAUCCUCAUGCUUCUCGCCUGUUUGUUCUCAGCUGGUGGCAUGGGACUCUGGCACGGCGUGGAAUACUAUGAGGAAGAAAAACUCAAGACCGAGCCCUGGAAAGCAUCUUGGGAUAAGCUGCUGAGUGACAACACUGGCGUCGUGUAUGACUGGUCCUACUUCAUCGCUCUGAUUGGUGUUGGCUGGACACUCAUCUCAGCCCUGCUGUUCUCGGCGCUGUCUGUGUGCCUGCGUAGCGAGAGGGAACGUGAGGAUGCUAAGAACAUGGCCUACCUCAUGCCUGUAUACUCUCAGAAGCCUCAGUAUCCCUCAUAUGGCUAUGGUUACCCAGGACCCUACCAUUAUGGCUCCCAGUAUGGCCCAUACAACUACUAGAUGACCCUAUCAUGCCUGUGGAUCCCAAUUCGGUCCAUAGAACUACCUGACUACUAACAUCAUAGCCAAGGCCAUACCACUAUGAGUUUAUAACUAUGGAUCACUACCAUCAUAGUCAGGGCUAUACCAUCAUGGUAUGGUCCAUGUAACUACAGUAUCAUACAAGUACCAUCAUAGCCAGGGCCACAUCACUAUGGAUUCCAGUACAGUAUUGUUUAUGGAACUACUGGACAACCAUUAUCUUGAUCAAGGUCCUGUCACUGUGAGUCCAAGCCAGGCCCAUCAGGUUAGUGGACAGCUGCCAUUGUCUGGUACUGUCUCACUACACUCCAGUCUGAGACCUGCAACUGAUGGACGAUUAUUUUGGUAUUCAACAUAAACCAAGUUACUAUUUCCAAGAAACUACCAAAGUUGCAUCACUCUGAACUUCAGUCUGGGUUAUGUAACAGCAUGAAUACCACCAUAACUCCACUACAUAAUUAUGCAAUUGGAUAUAAUAUGAACAUAAGACAGGCACCCAGUAAUUUAUAGUGUCUGCAAUUUAAGUACAAUUUCGAAGAACUCUUCUUUAUAACAUCAAUUCUUCCAUAAGUAAUAUGAAAGAUGGCAUGUUAAUCUAAGUUUUAGUUUGUGAAACUUAAAUGUUUUUAUCGAAAUUAUUUAUUUAUAAACACAUGAGUGUGUUUGAGAUGCCUUAUGAAUUAAGGUCUCCGAGCUUCAAUGUAAUUUAACAAGGAAGAUAAUGAUAUCUUUUAAAUGUUGAUUGUUUCAGCUCAUUAUACAUGUAUGUGAAAAUACUUUUUAAUCUUCAGUCAUACUCAAGAUAAAGUGACAACUGUAUGAAGUAAAACAAAUGAGUGUUUUACCCAAAAUAAGAAAUAAUGGUAAAGUUUGAAUGAAAUAUAGUAUUACCUGUCAUCAUGGUGGUAAAAAAGACAGGACAACAUGAGAGUAACUUUUGAGGGUGACUGUAGACUUUAAAUAAUAUUGUCACUUUGUAAAUACUGCAGCAUCCUCCACACUAGUUCAUGAUCGAGUGUCAAUGUCCUGUCAGUAACUAACUAAUUAAUAUGUUUCCCAGAAUAAAUUAUCCAAAUUUUCUGUUUACUGUAUUGUCAGUACAGUAUGUGUUUAAUACUUGGGAAAUUCAUUUGAUAUAUAGUCAUGAACAAAUAUUCCUUUACACUCCUGUUUGAAACUGAACCAAAGUCAAAAGAGGUCCUACAGCCUCUCAGAUGGGUAGACAAACAAUUCCGACUUGUUUCGACAGUUCAGUCCCUCAGGGUGGGUAAAGGAAAUUUUGUUCACGGCUGUACAAGUUUGUCGCCGCAUUAGGCUAAACAUACGCAGUUGUCAUAUAUUGCUCUCUUAAGAACCCCUUUGUUAGUUUUUUACAAUAACUUGCUGAGUUGUCAUAGCUUGUUUUGUUGAAUGAGGUUGGCUACUCAGUCUGAAUCAGAAAUUUUAUUCCAACAGUCUUUAGUUUUAUAAUGUUUACUGUGUAAUAUUUUCCUCAUAUACAGUAUGUUGUUUAUAUUUCCAGUUAAAUGAUAGAAAUUAAGAUAUAUCGCUCAAUUAAUCCUUGAAAUUUUACUUUAUACAUUUUUGUAAUUAUAUAUUUUUUUUUAUAUGUAAACUGUGAAUGAGUUAUAAUGUGAAAAUCAUUCUCCUGUACACUGGUUGUAUGUUUAAUAGAUUCUGGCUUGUAUAUAUUGCAUCACUUUUAGAGGUAGCUCAAUCCCUAUUUAUUAGGUCUACUCUACUAACCUAGACAAUAUGCAAAUACUGUACUGUACUUUUUUUAUACGAUGAUUAUAAGAAUGUUUAAGAAUGUUCAUACUUGUGUGUGUUUAUAAGACAAUUCUGUGAAAACAAUGGAAUGAUGAUAUUUAUUCCAGUCAUUUGUGAACAUAGUGAAUCUUUUUUUAUGUUUUGUAAUAUUUUCUCAGUGAUGGAACUUCACACCUUCACAAACAGCACCUCCACUGUUGGUAUGUGUGUUCAUGACAAAACAACUUCUAGGAGCUGAAGUAAGAGAAGUCUAUAUGAAGGAAUAAAUAUCUAAAGCAGUAGAGUUGUUUAACAAAAUUUUAGUUAUCUCUAUGUAGCUAUAAUUAACUACUUAAAUAAGGUUGUUGAACUUAAAUGUUGUGAUGUACAUUUUAUAGUUUCCAAGUUAUAUGUACAGCACCUAGAACUCUGAAGGUGUGUUUGUGUGGCUGUGAAAACCAAAUACCUGUAAAACCAGUCAAAGAUGGAAUACUCUGGGUAGACCUCCAUUUGCUUAUCCAAAUGUUCAUGAUUUUAUAUGUUAGCCUCAGACAUCGUUUAGAUUUCAUUAUGAUAAUUUAUUUAUUUUUCUUGUCCUGAUUAGACGUGAAUGCCAUUAUAUGUUAUUUUAACUACAAGUUGUCGUGUGAAAUAUUUUUCUCUGCAGAACAUAACUCAGUACAGUAUAUACGGUAGUUCAUAUCAUGGUUCGUGUGUCAUCCUGAGGAAAUAUUGGAAAUGUCCAUGUACACACAUGCAAUAUAAUUUUUUUGUAUA